AAAAUAGAAAAUAUCGUUUCAAUUGAAGCUCUGCAAAAUAAACUUCAACCAAAAUAUCAUAAUAAGCACACAAGUUAUAUUUUUUGAAUGCAAUUGGAAACAACUAAGUCAAUGCAUUUCUAAUAGCAUUAAGCUGUUAAAUAUUAUUGAUAGCCUCACCUCCCCACUCAGAUGUGUUUCGCAACGUGCAUUUUGCGGCUCUUUGAAGAAUUCGUUAGUUAACAAAACCAAAACAAAAAAUUGAUUGAAUAAUGGAAAUUACUCUUGCGCUGCUAAAGCCACACGUGCUGCGUAAUAGCUACGCACUACAACAAAUAAAAACACUAAUAGGAAAAAAUUUCACUAUUCUGGAAUCCAAAGAAGUCUGUAUUACGAAGGAAUUGUCGGAACGUUUCUACGCUGAGCACAAAGGAAAAUUCUUCUACCAUCGCCUUAGUACCUUUAUGAGAAGCGGUCCUUGCUACGCAUUUAUAUUAGAAUCGGAAUCAUGCAUUGCCAAGUGGCGCCAUCUAAUGGGGCCUACCAAAGUAUUUAAGGCUGUCUAUAGCGAACCAAAUUGCAUACGAGCUCUCUACGGAUUAUCGGACACUCGAAACGCCUGCCAUGGAUCGGAUAGUGAAUCCUCUGCGUUGCGAGAGAUUGCCAUACUGUUUCCAGAGUUUAAAAUCCGAAAGCCCGACAAGCAUAUUCAGUGACCAAUCUACCUCGUGAAAAUGAACUUCAAAAUAUGUUAAUUGCAAAAGUCAUAAUACAAUUUUCAAUUUAUUGCGAGUGCCUUUGCUAAAACACAAAAUGAUAUGAUACACCUAAUGUUUAAAUAUGUUGAGAUCCAUAUCUGGAUUUUCUCUUUGAUAAGCAUGGGUUUAAAGACGUGCUGUGACUUGCUUAUUAACGGAACUUAUCGAAUUAUUACACGCUCAAAGAUAAAUUGAAAAUAGUUAUUUGGUGCUCAGGACAACAAUUUUGUACGCAUGAGUCUUAGAAAGAAGCUGGUUUUACUUUCUCAUUGUGAAUACUUCAAGACGUCUGUUCGUUUUAUAUUUGAGAUGCUCAAUGUAUGUAUCAUUCUACUCGAAAGUAUUUUGACAGAUGGAAAACCUGUCCACCGUACCGAAAUUUAAAUCAAUUUGGUGACAUUUGUAGAGGUCGUAUAUAUUUGUGUUAUAUGUGUUUUUUGGAAACAGUUCUCACUCGAGUAAAUCGAAAAUCGAUGCGAUUGCCGAAGACCCGCUUAUCCAAAUAAUGCAUGUCUGGUUUAUAGAUUUUUACUUUGUUUAUUUGUUCAUUUAAUAUUUAACAGUAACUUGUUUUGUAUGCUGAAUAAUUGGAAAUGAUUUAUUUUCAACAAUUCAACUGAUUCAUGUCACAUAGAAAGCAUGCGAAAGACACGAAAACUAAGUAUGUAGUACAAUAGUAUAAUUCAAUCAGAAUUAGAUGUAAGCAUCAACUAUUUUAAAUAGUUGCUAUAAUCUCUGUAACGUAAACAUACACAUAUUUUUGCUUUUUUUUUUUCUUUUCUUUUUUUUACUACCAAUAUGUGUAAAUAUAUCUUUGCUUUGCUCAGUAGUUUUGUUUUUGCUUGGUUUGUUCUUCAGCUUACAUUAUACAAAAGUAAAUACAUAUUGUUGCCCCAUUUGCAUCUAAAACAUUUAGAUAAGAUUGAGCACAUGAUGAACGUAAUUAUUCGAACAUGGCCAUCGAUGAUGUUGGCACAACCUCCAGUAGCAAUUGGAAAAACAGUGUCACCUUGUCUGCAAAUAAAUUAGCAUUAGAUUGGAAUAGAAUUUUGAAGUAUUAGUAUACUGUGCUUACUCAUAAAGCGUGGUGUCAUUCCCAGUUUGACAAAAGGUACAUAAAAUAUGAGUCCUGCAAAGAUGAACAGCAGUGCGUACAAAUAUUCGAUGCGCGGUGUCUCAAAGAUUGGCGCAGCAACGAGAUACACAGAUAUAACCAAGACCACAACCGGAAUGAUAAUUGGCACCUUGUAUGGCCGUGGAUAGUUGGGUUUGGUGUAGCGCAUCACGAUAAGAGCCAACAUGGCGCCAC